AUGCGACGAGUAGAGCGGUGGUGCGGUGUCGAGCGCGUCGCCGCUCUAUCAUCUUACCGGCGCAGGAGUGCGCCAACGCCUGCACCAAAGACCACGUCACUACCCACCAUUACAGCGCGGAGACCGCGCUUCCACCCACGACGCCCUUUCAGCCACCUACUUACUUACACUAUACACAUCACAACCGGGUUUUGCCACUUACAUUUACCUAACCUAACGAUAUCACAUAAAAUACGACAACCGCUUCGAUGA